AUGGUGCAUGCUUUUUAUCAUUUUUUUCUUUUUCCUACAAGAGCCCAAGAAGAAGGAUUCAUAUAUGUUGUCACAUCCAGCAAGGGUCUUGAGUUUUCCAAGGACUUGCUAAUAGAGCAGGUUGUUUCCUCUAUAAUCCCCCUUCAACUGCCUCAGAUUGAAAAGUCUGUGAAAAUCCCACUUGUUGGCCAAGUUCAUGUUGUUUUGUCAAAUAUCACAAUCUAUAAUGUUGAUAUUGCCUCUUCAUAUGUGGAGAUUGGUGACUCAGAUCAAGGGGACGCCUCCAUUCAGGUUGAAGGUAUGGAAGUGGGUGUUACCUUAGCUUUGAAUGGCCAAGAAGAAACUCUUAAGCUGUUUGUUUUGGAAUGCGGACGCUAUGUGAAAGAUAUCUCCAUUAAGUUAGAUGGUGGAGCAUCUUGGCUUUACCAAUGGUAUGCAAUCCUCUUAAUUAACUAUGCUAUGAGAAAGACUUAUGCGCCUCUUUGUUUAUGUCAAAGGUCGUUCCAUACCCCCUCCCCUGUUCCCAAUUUUUGUAGUUGGAUCUGCAUCUAUAUCAACCAAGGCCACUUAAGGUCCACCCAUAUGUUUAAAAUAUUUUUUCUAACCCCAAAUAUUGCAGUUGAUCCUCUGACAUUCUCUUUCAGGUUAGUGGAUGCUUUUGAAGGUCAAAUAGUUUUUGCAGUUGAAGACAAUAUUUCCAAGAAAAUCAGAGAAGGAAUAAUGAAGCUUGACUCCUUACUGCAAUCACUUCCGAAACAAAUCGCAUUGGAUGACAUUGUUGCUUUGAAUGUUACAUUUGUGGGCAAUCCUGUAUUCAAUAAUUCUUCCAUUGAAUUUCAUAUCAAUGGUCUAUUCAUGGCUCCCAAUGAUAAUUUUGCUUCCAGCCUAUACAAUAAAGAUUCACUAGAUCCUAUUCCCUUCAAUGUUCCAGCUAAGAUGGUUGAGAUAUCAUUACAUGAAAAUGUCUUUAGCUCAAUGUCCUUAGUUUUCUUCAAUGCAAAUUAUAUGCAAUGGGUGAUCAACAAAACACCAGAUCAGUCCCUUUUGAACACUGCUGAAUGGAAAUAUAUUGUUCCUCAACUGUACAAGCAAUAUCCCAAUGAAGAUAUGGAGCUUAAUAUAUAUGUAUCUUCUUCACCAAUAAUGACAGUUGUUAACAAUGACAUUAAUAUCACUGUUUACUCUGACGUGACAAUUGGUGUCAUGAAUGUUGAUGAAGUAAUACCAGUUGCGUGCAUAUCAUUGGAGAUUCAUGCUUCAUGUUCUCCAAAUAUCUUGAUAAAUAAACUAGCUGGUACUGUUAAAUUGAAUCAUGUUACUGCAUAUUUGAAGUGGAGCAAAAUUGGUAACCUUCACAUGCAUCUUGUUCAAGCCGUAUUGUCAACAAUUCUCAAAACUAUUGUGGUGCCAUAUGUGAAUUUACACCUCUGGAAGGGACUACCUUUACCACUUCCUCAUGGGUUUACACUACAUAAUUCUGAAAUCAUCUCCAUCAAUUCAAGGCUUACGAUAUUCAGCGAUGUUGCGAUUGCAGAACGAUCACUGACAUCAGUAAGCAAACCUUUAGUUUCAAUCAGAUAG